UAAUGAUCUGAAGACUUAACAAGUUAAUCAAUUAACAAGCUUUUGUAGUGAUUGAUCAUGGUUAGCUUUGAACAAAGUAAGCCAUUUGUUGCCAUGAUAGUUGUGAACUUUGUUCUAGCAACUGUCAAUGUUCUUUUCAAGAAGAUUAUCAUCAAUGGUGGAAUGAGUCAUUUAGUAAUUGUCACCUAUAGACAAUCUGUUGCUGCCAUUUUCCUUUCUCCAUUGGCUUAUUUUCGAGAAAGGAAUGAUGGUCACAAGCUUACCCUUCAUGUAGUUUGUAAUCUGUUUCUAAACGCGCUUAUUGGCGCGACUCUAGUGCAAUACUUGUUCUUGGUUGGGUUGGAUUAUACAUCGGUUACGUUUAGUAUGGCUUUCCUCAACAUGGUCCCAAUUAACACAUUUGUUUUGGCAAUAUUCUUUGGGAUGGAGAAAGCCAAUGCGAAGAGUAGAGCCGGUUGGGCUAAGAUUUUGGGAGCAUUGGUUUCGAUUGGAGGGGUGUUGGUGUUGAGCCUAUAUAAAGGAAUGGCGUUUGGGAUCAAGGAAGUGGAUCGUGAAGAUUUAGAUCGCGAGAACAAGAAACGUACCAUUGGUAUUAUAGUUUUGGCGGUUGGAAGUUUAAUGUGGUCUUCUUGGUUCCUUAUGCAAGCCGAGAUUGGAAAGAUUUAUCCUUGUCCAUACUCGAGCACCGCCAUGUUGUCUUUUUUCAGCGCAAUUCAGUCGGCUGUCUUGACAUUGAUUGUUGAAAGGAAAUCCUCGUCGUCUUGGAUUCCCAAGGGCAUUUUUGAUAUAUCAUCCGUCAUAUAUGCAGGAAUGAUGGGGUCGGGUUUGUGUUACGUUGUAAUGUCGUGGUGCGUAAAGAAAAAAGGCCCUGUCUUUACAGCCGCGUUUAGUCCUACCAUUCAAAUAUUCGUCGCAAUAUUUGAUGUCUUCAUUUUACUCGAACAAAUUCACCUCGGCUGUAUUAUCGGAUCCAUAUUUGUAGUCAUCGGCAUGUAUAUUCUUCUAUGGGGUAAGAGCCACGAAUCAACAGUUAUUAAUCCCUCAUUGCAGAAAGAUGGAGAAAAAGAUGGCAACAAAAUGGAGAUCCUCAUAGGAGAAAAAUAG